GCUAGGCCACCUCCAGCUCCCGCGGGGCGGCGGAGACGGCCGCGGCGGGACGCCGAGCGGGGGACGGCGGCGACGGCUGAGGAGGAGCGGAGGUGUCGGGAAGAAAACUUCGGAGGGGGAACAGGAAACCUGCGGGGCGGUGGCACCGCGGCUUCCCGGGGCGCACGUCGCGGGGUUUCGGCCGCCGCGUCCCCGGGCUGCACCGCGCCCUCAGCUUCGGCGGACGAAGAGCAUGAGGCAGCAUGUCCGAUAAGAUGUCCAGCUUCCUCUACAUCGGGGACAUCGUGUCCCUGUACGCCGAGGGCUCGGUCAAUGGCUUCAUCAGCACCCUGGGGUUAGUGGAUGACAGAUGUGUAGUUCACCCAGAGGCCGGGGACCUUGCCAACCCUCCCAAGAAGUUCAGGGACUGCCUUUUCAAGGUGUGCCCCAUGAAUCGAUACUCUGCCCAGAAGCAGUAUUGGAAAGCCAAGCAAGCCAAGCAAGGGAACCACACAGAGGCAGCCUUGCUGAAGAAACUACAGCAUGCUGCAGAACUGGAACAAAAGCAAAAUGAGUCAGAGAAUAAGAAACUGUUGGGAGAAAUUGUGAAAUACAGUAAUGUCAUACAACUGCUGCAUAUAAAAAGCAACAAGUAUCUGACUGUCAACAAGCGAUUGCCUGCACUGCUGGAGAAGAAUGCCAUGCGAGUGUCCCUGGAUGCUGCUGGGAAUGAAGGGUCCUGGUUCUACAUCCAUCCUUUCUGGAAGCUGAGAAGUGAGGGUGACAAUAUUGUUGUAGGAGAUAAAGUUGUUUUGAUGCCGGUGAAUGCGGGGCAGCCACUCCAUGCCAGCAACAUAGAGCUCCUCGAUAACCCAGGGUGCAAGGAGGUGAAUGCUGUUAAUUGCAACACUAGUUGGAAAAUCACUUUAUUCAUGAAAUUUAGUUCCUACCGUGAGGAUGUGUUAAAAGGAGGUGAUGUUGUCAGAUUGUUCCAUGCAGAACAAGAAAAGUUCCUGACUUGUGACGAAUAUGAGAAAAAGCAGCAUAUUUUCCUUCGUACAACCUUGCGUCAGUCGGCCACAUCUGCUACAAGUUCUAAAGCGCUCUGGGAGAUCGAGGUGGUUCAUCAUGACCCAUGCCGUGGAGGUGCAGGACAGUGGAACAGCCUGUUCAGAUUUAAGCAUCUGGCGACUGGAAACUACUUGGCCGCAGAGCUGAAUCCUGAUUAUCGAGAUGCCCAAAAUGAAGGCAAAAAUGUGAGAGAUGGAGACCUCCCAACCUCAAAAAAGAAGCGUCAAGCGGGGGAGAAAAUCAUGUACACCCUGGUCUCCGUUCCACAUGGCAACGACAUAGCGUCCCUUUUUGAGUUGGAUGCCACAACGCUACAGAGAGCUGACUGCCUGGUUCCAAGGAACUCGUAUGUUCGGUUAAGGCAUUUGUGCACCAACACAUGGGUGACCAGUACUAGCAUUCCCAUAGACACAGAUGAAGAGAGGCCUGUUAUGUUGAAGAUUGGAACCUGCCAAACAAAAGAAGAUAAAGAAGCCUUUGCCAUCGUGUCUGUCCCACUGUCCGAGGUCCGAGACUUGGACUUCGCCAAUGAUGCCAAUAAAGUGUUAGCAACCACAGUGAAGAAGUUGGAGACCGGCACGAUCACGCAGAAUGAGAGAAGGUUUGUCACCAAGUUAUUGGAAGACCUCAUCUUCUUUGUUGCGGAUGUGCCUAACAACGGGCAGGAAGUUCUGGAUGUAAUCAUCACGAAGCCAAACCGAGAACGGCAGAAGUUAAUGAGGGAGCAGAACAUAUUGGCACAGGUAUUUGGAAUCCUUAAAGCACCCUUCAAGGAGAAAGCAGGAGAAGGCUCUAUGCUGAGACUGGAAGAUCUCGGGGACCAACGAUAUGCGCCCUACAAGUACAUGCUGCGGCUGUGCUACCGCAUCCUCCGGCACUCUCAGCAGGACUACCGUAAAAACCAGGAAUACAUUGCUAAGAAUUUCUGUGUCAUGCAGUCCCAGAUUGGCUAUGAUAUUCUGGCAGAAGACACGAUCACAGCUUUGUUGCACAACAACAGAAAACUUCUCGAGAAACACAUCACAGCCAAAGAAAUAGAAACAUUUGUCAGUUUACUCAGGAGAAACCGAGAGCCAAGAUUUCUGGAUUAUUUGUCUGAUCUCUGUGUGUCUAAUACGACUGCCAUUCCUGUGACCCAGGAACUCAUCUGUAAGUUUAUGCUGAGUCCUGGCAACGCAGACAUUCUCAUUCAAACCAAGCUGGUCUCUAUGCAAGUAGACAACCCCAUGGAGAGCUCCAUCCUUCCAGAUGACAUGGACGAUGAAGAAGUGUGGCUGUACUGGAUUGACAGCAACAAGGAGCCUCAUGGCAAAGCCAUCAGGCACCUUGCUCAGGAAGCCAAAGAAGGCACCAAGGCUGAUUUAGAAGUCCUCACCUAUUACAGGUACCAGCUGAACCUCUUCGCCAGGAUGUGUCUGGACCGCCAGUAUCUGGCCAUCAACCAGAUCUCCACGCAGCUCUCUGUGGACUUGAUCCUGCGCUGUGUGUCGGACGAGAGCCUGCCCUUCGACCUUCGCGCCUCCUUCUGCCGCCUCAUGCUGCAUAUGCAUGUGGACCGGGACCCGCAGGAGUCUGUGGUGCCUGUCCGCUAUGCCAGGCUCUGGACAGAAAUCCCCACCAAGAUCACAAUUCAUGAAUAUGAUUCUAUAACUGAUUCUUCUAGAAAUGAUAUGAAGAGGAAAUUUGCACUGACAAUGGAAUUUGUUGAAGAAUACUUGAAAGAAGUUGUAAAUCAGCCCUUUCCUUUUGGAGAUAAAGAAAAAAACAAACUGACAUUUGAGGUUGUCCAUUUGGCUCGAAAUCUUAUAUAUUUUGGAUUUUAUGGUUUCAGCGAGUUAUUGAGGCUCACAAGAACACUUCUGGCCAUCCUUGAUAUCGUACAGGUCCCCAUGUCAUCGUAUUUUGAAAGAUUAAGCAAAUUUCAAGAUGGAGGAAACAACGUUAUGCGGACGAUCCACGGGGUGGGAGAGAUGAUGACACAGAUGGUGCUAAGCAGGGGAUCCAUCUUCCCAGUGAGCAUACCCGAUGUCCAGCCCAGCGUCCACCCCAGCAAGCAGGCGAGCCCGGGUGAGCACGAGGACGUGACUGUGAUGGACACCAAGCUGAAGAUCAUUGAGAUUCUACAGUUCAUCCUGAGCGUCAGACUGGACUACAGGAUCUCCUACAUGCUGUCCAUCUAUAAGAAGGAGUUUGGGGAGAACAGCGAGAAUGCGGAGACGGCUGCCUCGAGCUCUCCAGAGACACUACUGCCCUCAGCUAUUGUUCCUGACAUAGAGGAGAUUGCAGCACAGGCGGAGACCAUGUUUGCUGGAAGAAAGGAAAAAAAUCCAGUGCAGCUUGAUGAUGAGGGAGGGAGGACUUUCCUUCGGGUCCUCAUCCAUCUGAUCAUGCAUGACUACGCCCCCUUGCUGUCGGGCGCCCUGCAGCUGCUGUUCAAGCACUUCAGCCAGCGAGCCGAGGUCCUGCAGGCCUUCAAACAGGUGCAACUACUGGUCUCCAAUCAAGAUGUAGAUAACUACAAGCAAAUCAAGGCUGAUCUAGACCAGCUGCGCCUGACUGUGGAGAAGUCGGAGUUGUGGGUUGAGAAGAGCAGCAGCUACGAGAGUGGGGAAGUGGGCGAGAGCCAAGUGAAAGGUGGCGAAGAACCCAUCGAGGAGUCCAACAUCUUAAGCCCUGUGCAGGACGGAACAAAGAAACCUCAGAUUGACAGCAAUAAGUGCAACAACUACCGGGUUGUUAAGGAGAUUCUGAUUAGGCUAAGUAAGCUCUGUGUGCAGAAUAAGAAGUGUCGGAACCAGCAUCAGCGCUUACUGAAGAACAUGGGGGCUCACUCGGUGGUGCUGGAUCUUCUGCAGAUACCCUAUGAAAAGUCUGACGAGAAGAUGAACGAAGUCAUGAAUCUGGCCCACACCUUCUUGCAGAAUUUCUGCCGAGGAAAUCCACAGAAUCAAGUUCUUCUUCAUAAACAUCUGAAUCUGUUUUUAACUCCUGGGCUCCUUGAAGCAGAAACCAUGCGGCACAUCUUCAUGAACAAUUACCAUCUGUGCAAUGAGAUCAGUGAGAGGGUUGUGCAACACUUUGUGCACUGCAUCGAGACACAUGGCCGCCAUGUGGAGUACUUGAGGUUCUUGCAGACCAUUGUGAAGGCAGAUGGCAAAUACGUGAAGAAAUGCCAGGACAUGGUAAUGACAGAGUUGAUAAAUGGCGGUGAAGACGUGCUGAUAUUUUACAACGAUAGAGCAUCCUUUCCAAUCCUGCUCCACAUGAUGUGCUCAGAGAGAGACCGGGGGGAUGACAGUGGCCCCUUAGCCUACCACAUCACGCUUGUGGAGUUGCUGGCCGCGUGCACAGAGGGCAAGAACGUCUACACGGAAAUCAAGUGUAAUUCCUUGCUGCCGCUGGAUGACAUUGUGAGAGUGGUGACCCAUGAUGACUGCAUUCCUGAGGUUAAAAUUGCCUACGUGAAUUUUGUUAACCACUGUUACGUUGACACCGAGGUGGAAAUGAAAGAAAUCUAUACAAGCAACCACAUUUGGAAGUUAUUUGAGAACUUCUUGGUGGAUAUGGCAAGGGUUUGCAACACAACCACAGACAGGAAGCAUGCUGACACAUUCCUGGAGAAGUGUGUGACCGAGUCCAUCAUGAGCAUUGUGAGCGGUUUCUUCAAUUCUCCAUUUUCAGACAACAGUACCAGCCUCCAGACACACCAGCCUGUCUUCAUUCAGCUGCUGCAGUCGGCCUUCAGAAUUUACAACUGCACCUGGCCAAACCCGGCCCAGAAGGCCUCCGUGGAGUCCUGCAUCCGAACCUUGGCCGAAGUGGCCAAAAAUCGUGGUAUUGCCAUUCCAGUGGAUUUGGACAGUCAAGUCAACACCCUGUUUAUGAAAAGUCACUCCAACAUGGUACAGAGGGCAGCCCUGGGCUGGAGACUCUCAGCUCGCUCUGGACCACGCUUUAAGGAAGCGCUAGGAGGGCCUGCCUGGGACUACAGAAAUAUUAUUGAAAAGUUACAGGACGUGGUAGCCUCCUUGGAGCAGCAGUUCAGCCCGAUGAUGCAGGCCGAAUUUUCAGUGCUGGUUGAUGUGCUCUACAGUCCAGAACUACUAUUCCCCGAGGGAAGUGAUGCCAGAAUAAGAUGUGGCGCCUUCAUGUCGAAGCUGAUUAAUCACACGAAGAAACUGAUGGAGAAAGAAGAAAAACUGUGUAUUAAGAUCCUUCAGACAUUACGAGAGAUGCUAGAGAAGAAGGACAGCUUUGUAGAAGAGGGUAAUACAUUAAGAAAAAUACUGCUGAAUCGCUACUUUAAAGGUGAUUAUGGCAUUGGUAUAAAUGGAACUUACUCCAAAGCUGCGCAAGUGGGAGGAAGCUUUUCUGCACAAGAUACAGAUAAAAUGGGGAUCUCGAUGACUGAUAUUCAAUGUCUGCUGGAUAAAGAAGGGGCAUCUGAACUUGUCAUCGAUGUCAUUGUGAACACCAAAAAUGACAGGAUUUUUUCAGAAGGCAUUUUGCUUGGCAUUGCCUUGCUUGAAGGAGGAAAUACACAGAAUCAGUCUUCUUUCUACCAGCAGUUGCAUGAACAAAAGAAAUCAGAAAAAUUCUUCAAGGUUCUCUAUGACCGAAUGAAAGCUGCUCAGAAAGAGAUCCGAUCAACAGUAACAGUUAACACCAUUGAUCUGGGUGGUAAGAAAAGGGAUGAUGACAAUGAGUUCAUGAUAUCUGGACCACGAGUGAGAGUCAGAGAUUCGGCAUUACAUUUAAAAGAGGGAAUGAAGGGGCAGCUGACAGAAGCUUCUUCGGCCACAUCAAAAGCGUACUGUGUGUACCGAAGAGAGGUGGAUCCCGAGCUGGAUGUCAUGUGCUCCGGGACCGAGGCAGGCAGUGCCGAGGACAAGUCUCCAGAGGAGGUGCCCAUGAGCCCGGCAAUUGCCAUCAUGCAACCCAUCCUGAGGUUCCUCCAGCUCCUGUGUGAGAACCACAACCGCGAGCUACAGAACUUCUUGAGGAAUCAAAACAACAAAACAAAUUAUAACCUUGUAUGUGAGACCCUGCAGUUUCUGGACUGCAUCUGUGGCAGUACCACUGGUGGCCUGGGCCUGCUGGGGCUCUACAUCAAUGAGAAGAACGUUGCUCUGGUCAACCAGACCCUGGAGAGCUUGACAGAAUACUGCCAGGGCCCGUGCCACGAAAAUCAGACAUGUAUUGCUACCCACGAAUCUAAUGGGAUUGAUAUCAUCAUUGCUCUGAUCCUAAACGACAUAAACCCUCUUGGAAAAUACCGAAUGGACCUUGUGCUCCAACUAAAGAACAACGCCUCCAAGCUCUUGCUGGCCAUCAUGGAAAGCAGACAUGACAGUGAGAAUGCGGAAAGGAUUCUGUUCAACAUGAGGCCCAGGGAGCUGGUAGAUGUGAUGAAGAAUGCCUAUAACCAAGGACUGGAGUGCGAUCAUGGGGAUGAGGAGAGUGGGGAUGAUGGCGUUUCCCCAAAAGAUGUUGGACACAAUAUCUAUAUUCUGGCCCAUCAGUUGGCCCGGCACAACAAGCUGUUACAACAGAUGCUGAAACCAGGAUCAGACCCUGAUGAAGGAGAUGAAGCCUUGAAGUAUUACGCCAACCACACUGCUCAGAUUGAGAUUGUUCGGCACGAUAGGACCAUGGAGCAGAUCGUUUUUCCUGUCCCCAACAUAUGUGAAUAUCUCACACGCGAGUCCAAGUGCCGUGUGUACAAUACGACCGAAAGGGAUGAGCAAGGAAGCAAAGUGAAUGACUUUUUCCAGCAAACAGAAGACCUCUACAAUGAAAUGAAGUGGCAGAAGAAAAUCAGGAAUAACCCUGCCCUGUUCUGGUUCUCGAGGCACAUCUCUCUUUGGGGCAGUAUUUCCUUCAACCUGGCCGUAUUCAUCAACCUGGCUGUUGCGCUCUUCUAUCCGUUUGGGGAUGAUGGAGACGAAGGCACACUUUCUCCAUUGUUCUCCAUCCUGCUUUGGAUCGCAGUUGCCAUCUGCACCUCUAUGCUGUUUUUCUUCUCCAAGCCUGUCGGUAUUCGGCCAUUUCUUGUAUCAGUAAUGCUACGAUCCAUAUAUACGAUAGGUCUUGGGCCUACAUUAAUACUUCUUGGUGCAGCUAACCUUUGCAAUAAAAUCGUGUUUCUGGUGAGUUUCGUCGGGAACCGUGGCACGUUCACCCGAGGCUACCGUGCCGUCAUCCUGGACAUGGCUUUCCUGUAUCACGUGGCCUACGUCCUGGUAUGCAUGCUGGGCCUCUUUAUCCAUGAGUUCUUCUAUAGCUUCCUGCUUUUUGAUUUGGUAUACAGAGAAGAGACUUUACUCAACGUCAUCAAAAGCGUCACACGGAAUGGCCGCUCCAUUAUUCUGACUGCAGUCCUGGCGCUCAUCCUGGUCUACCUGUUCUCCAUCAUCGGCUUCCUUUUCUUGAAGGAUGACUUCACGAUGGAAGUGGAUAGACUGAAAAACAGGACCCCUGUGACAGGUGCUUACGGGGUCCCUACUACGACCUUAACUUCCAUAAUGGAGACAUGUGGAAAAGAGAACUGCUCAACCACAAUACCAGCUUCCAGUACAGCCGAGGAAGAAUAUGAAGAUGGAAUUGAAAGGACCUGUGACACUCUGCUCAUGUGCAUUGUCACAGUGUUGAACCAGGGUCUCAGGAACGGUGGAGGCGUGGGGGAUGUGCUGAGACGGCCAUCGAAAGAUGAGCCCUUAUUUGCUGCCCGAGUGGUUUAUGAUCUUCUGUUCUUUUUCAUCGUCAUCAUCAUCGUUCUUAACUUGAUUUUUGGUGUUAUCAUUGACACCUUUGCUGAUCUCAGAAGUGAAAAGCAGAAGAAAGAAGAGAUUCUAAAGACGACCUGCUUCAUUUGUGGACUUGAGAGGGACAAAUUUGACAAUAAAACGGUUUCAUUUGAGGAGCAUAUUAAGUCAGAACACAACAUGUGGCACUAUUUGUACUUCAUCGUGCUGGUGAAGGUUAAAGAUCCCACGGAAUACACGGGUCCUGAGAGUUACGUCGCCCAGAUGAUUGUGGAGAAGAAUCUGGACUGGUUUCCUCGGAUGCGAGCCAUGUCUCUCGUUAGCAAUGAAGGAGACAGUGAGCAAAACGAGAUUCGGAACCUGCAGGAGAAGCUUGAAUCGACCAUGAGUCUGGUCAAGCAGCUGUCGGGUCAGUUGGCAGAACUCAAGGAGCAGAUGACUGAACAAAGGAAGAAUAAGCAGAGACUAGGCUUCCUGGGGUCAAACUCACCCCAUGUGAAUCAUCACAUGCCACCACACUGAUACCAUGGGGGGAAGCCGUGACCAGCCUUUCAUCAGCGGCCUGCCUGAUCACUGAACACAAAACGGAGACUGAGGGGAGGAACAGUGCCUAUUGUUGCAAAGUCAAAAACAACCAAGUGCCAAGAUGUGGAGCGGUUGUGCUCCGGGAACAAUCUGUAGCUGUGUUUUCAUGGUUGAGAAGGCCCAGGCUAAAGUGCAGCCACCCAAAAGCACACAGCAUGCAUUCUUAAGGCAACGUGAAGCGACUUGCUCAGGACACAGCCAUGGGUAGGAAGAGACUGGGAGAAGAAGACCCGGCAUGACUAGGGCUCCCAGCUGCUCAGCAGCCAGGAGUCAGCUGUGUCUAAACACCAGCCGCUACCUACCUCCUACUGGGCUGUUUGGGAUUCCUCUCUUUCCCUUGUGGCCUGUGGGUCAAUGGCCUGGGAAGUCUCACUGUGGUGGCUGAGUAUCACUAAGGUGAAGACAUGAAAAUAUGAAAAAUGAGCGUUGCUAAAAAAACUGCUAAUGCUUCGAAAGUAUAGCUGCCACGGGGCAAUUCCUUUUUUUAUAACAUGAAACACAGUGGAUUUGAAGCUCCAGCAUUGGAGCUUGUACCCCUCACGCUGACACCAUAACUGGAAUAGAAUUGCCUGCUCCCAGUUUCUCACCAGCUCCAUCACUGUGGAGCACAAAUGGAGAUGUUCAUACAACUGGUUAAGAACUUGUUUUAAGUCACAUAGAGGCUGAAAUUGUAAAAGAUUGGGGAAGAAAAAGCAGACAGCCACAGGGAAGAAAUUUUUUUUGCGAACAUGUGUGCAUCAUUGUAUUAUUAAAUUAUAUAGUGAUCAAGAAAUGAAAAUGCUUCAAGGGGAUAGGAAAUCCCUUGUGACUUGUAACAAUGGCAUUCCCAUCUAUAAACAUGGAGCAGAAUUCCUUUGAGUUGCGUUUGCUGUGCUUUGGGAGCCAAGUGUUUUUGUCUUAUUCCUGCAGCAGGGGUGAAAUGUGUUGAAUACCCAAGAAAACACAGCAUUUUGAUUGCAUGUUUAAAACUGUAUUGGGAAGGACUUGUCCAAACGUAAGAUAGAAAUCUCUUCCGCAAAUUGUUUUUUUGUGAAGUCAUGCACUCAGGAUUUGCUGGGGGAGAAAAUAACCUGACACAAUCAGGUUUUUCUUAGGGAUCUCCGCUGGGGAAACUAGAGUACCACCCAGAGAAUGAACGUCUUCGGAGAAGUGCUGUGUGGCAAGGAAGCAAAACCUUCACACCGAACUCAGGGAGGCUGUCGGCAUGUCGGCCUCACUCAAGGCUGCAGCAGUUUUUAACUUUGAGUGGUUACCAUCAUGGCUCAACGACCAGAGAGGGUGCGGUGAAAAACCGUCAGAGCUCUUAGAUUGUUGUAACAUAGUUUGAAUGUUUGGUUCCUAAAAGUCCCAAAUCAAGGUCUGAGACAAAUGUAAAGGAAACUUGAAGCAACCCUUCUUCCAUAUGCUGUUAAGAUACAGACUCAGAACCAAGCUGGUGGAAGCCAGAGCAAGGAAUUUUCAGUCUGCAGGUACCUUCUCAGGUACCUCUCCAAUGGAAGAAUUCCUCACUCUGAUGUGACUAUAUA